AUGACAAUGAACUCAAUUGGGGACAAGGACUUUGAAGUUACACAGCAGGAUGUUAAAAACUUUGUAAGUGUCUUUGAUACACUCUCCAGUAGGCCUCAGCUCAUUUUUGAAGACAUAAAGUACUGCGUACUGGAAAAUGAACCAGCACUACCUGAAUUAGUUCAUGAUCUCUUAAAACGUCCACUCUUUGGAAUUUCUGAUAUAAACACCUUCAAUCCAGAAAUAAUAAUCAGUGGAGAAGUUCUUUUGAGCAAAGGUCAUCAUCAAAAAUUUGUUGCCGCUAGGACAGAAUCGAAUUUUAUAGUAUCAGUGUUUGACUCAGUGAGCAAAGAAAUUCAUUGUUUCUUAUAUGUGUGCUACGAAAAAGGACUAUGCAAGGUUAAGAUGAGGUCCAAGAUAUGGGAGAAACAGCCUGAAAACUCUUCCUUAAGUUUUAAGAUCCAAAAAGUUGUUAAAUGGUUGACUGCAGAUGAUUUUAAAUUUAAAACUCCUCCUAAUGCUGCUGUGUGUCCUAAACAAUACUAUCUGACAUAUAAUCAUCUAAAAGAAAAGUAUGCCCAAGACAUAUUUGAUGCUUGGGACAUGCAAACAGAUCCAAGUAAAUUCAUACAUGAAGAUAUUGGUAUAGCAUCAUAUCUUAUCUGUCUUUGGAAAUCUCGAUAUGCAGAUAAUGCUCAAGACUAUGUUAAAUUUGUUGAUAUAGGUUGUGGAAAUGGGCUUCUUGUUUACCUCUUAAAUCAAGAGAAAUUUAGUGGCAUCGGUAUAGAUGUUAAAUCCAGAAAUAUUUGGUAUACAUUGUUUUCUAAUAGUAAAUUGUGUGAGAAAUUUUUUGACCCUCAGAGCUGGAAUGAAAUCUCGGAUCACAACUGGCUAAUAGGAAAUCAUUCAGAUGAACUUACCCCUUGGUUGCCAUAUGUAGCAUCAAUGAUUUCAUACAACUGUGAUUUCUUUGUCUUACCCUGCUGCACGUGGAAUUUUACUGCCAAGUACUCUAGAACAAAUGCUACUCUCUCCACAUACCACUGUUAUUUGAACUUUGUAGAGUCAGUAAUAUCUGAUUUUGGGUUCAAGUAUCAACGAGAUGUAAUGAAAAUCCCAUCUACUAAACGAACUUGUUUUGUAUCCGAAGGAAGAUAUUACACUGAAACUGAUCAUAAAAUUAAACAGAAACUCAUCCUUGAUGUGGUCAGGGGGCAUUCUGGCAAUCAGAGUAAUUUGAAUUGUGUUGUAAGAUCCAAAGACAUUAAAAUCAGGAACGGUUCCAAAUUGGACAAGACACUGUGCUCUAGAAUAGUUAACUUUACUGCUUCUUUACUGCUGCAAGAUGUUAAGGGAGGAGAAACCGCUUGGUCUGCAGGCAAAUCUAUUCAUCUGAAAGAAAUAAUUUCUGCUAUCAAACAAAACAUUGACUUUGAAGAGGCUCUUAAAGACCAAAAUGGAGGUAUCCAAACUGUUUUGAGAAAUUUCCAUCAGUUAUUUACCAUUAGAAAUGGUAUGGUUUCCCUGAGAGACUGGUCAAAGGAAACUAAAAAGUCCAGCUAUCGGAAAACGCCCAACAGGAAAUAUGACAGCGCAGCUUUAAAGAAGUCGAAACUGUGUUGGUUUUAUGAACAUCAUCCCCAAGGUUGUAAUCUGUCUGCUUCUAGUUGUGGUUAUGCUCAUGGUCCUGGAGAACUUAAUAUUAUCCCUUUUAUUAAAAAGUAG